AUGGCGCAGCCCCAGCAACAACACUUGACGCAGUCAUUUUCCCCGCCGGUUUCCUCACCUUCACCUGGUGCCCCAUCGCCUGUAAAUGGUGGUGUCCCUCCACCUCUCAAGCGUCAACGUCUCUCACCUCUCCCUCAGUCCCAGUCCCCUUACGCCUCACCUAGCUUCGGGACUUUACAACUGCCACAACACCAGCCCGCUCCUAUGACUACACCGACCAUGAACAUGAACGGCGUCCCCCAGUCUCCCGCUCCUCCUCCACCUCCACCUCCAGGCGCGAUGGGGCCUCCUUCUCGACCGGCAGACAAGGCUACCGAUGCUGCUGAGCUCACAGAUGUGCUAGCAUCAUCAGGAAUUGAUGUCCGGGAAGAGGAGGCCUACUUGACGAGCAGUUACUCUGGUCCUCCGGUGCAGGCUCAACAACCACCUCGCCCUCAACAGCCACAGAUCCCGCAGCAACAACCUCAACAGUCGGUGCCACCUGCUGUCAACACCUCGUUCACAUCACAAGCAUCGACAAUUGGGAGCGUUCCUACGACUCCUAGUUUUGAACAACCCUCCCCAUAUAAGCCGGCGACGACGCAGGAUUCCUUCUACAGGGAGCCGUCGACGCAGCCUCCGGCGCCUUUCAAGGAUCCCAAUGAGCCGACCCGCGAAGACACUGAGGCAGCUCGGCGCGCGCAGUAUACUCUACAAGACUCUUUCUUGUGGACUAAGGUAUUGGAGCAGAGGCUGCAGAAACGUGGAUUCGAACUCGGUGUCCGUAUACCGGCAGAGGGCCUGUAUCAUCCCGUGCCCGGUCGCCAACAACCUAUCGAAGUCACUGGACCAGAUGGAUCAUCGAUCAUACGUUCCGGGCAAACAAUCUUGAACCAAACCGGCGCACCUCUAUUGGACAUUCUCAGCUUAAUGUCCAUCGCAUGUGAAGAGCGGUUGCGAACGGUGGUCGAUUAUUCUUCAACACUGGCUCGAAGUCGACGCGCGCACUCACACGGAAUUGUCCCCACCGAUUGGAAAGACGUUGCUACAUCGGCUAAUGCUGUCAAUGGGAAUGUGGAAAAUCCUAGCACACCACUUAAGCGCCCGCUAUCAGCAACCGAACCGCAGGGUACCAAAGCACUGUCGGAGAAGUAUCGUCUACUUAUGGACAAGGACAAUUCCAGCGAAGAGGCCCGUGCUGCAAAACGUACCAGGCGCAGCACGAAUGCCAUCCUUGGAGAAGGGGGAGCGAGCCGAUCGGAAUCCGUGGAUAUCCCUGGCUCCGGCGCCUCCACACCGAUCGGAGAGAGAGCCCCUAGUAUCGAUAAGAAGGGAAUGUCGAAGAAGGAAGCUAAGAAGCUGAUGGAUGCCAAGGCGAGCGAGGCUCAGCAACAUCAGCAGUCGGUAGAGACCGCGCGCCUGGCUACUAACAGCAUGCUGUCUGGUCGCAUGUUUGGAACCAAGAAAUCUUACUCGUGGCUAAAUCGUGGUGCAGCAGCUGGCAGUGGAUUCUCCACGCCGUCCCGCGUCAACACUGCCACGCCGCCUGCGAGCACGGACAAACCCGGACGUUCCGGUGAACCUGCCGCCGUGCCUGCAAAACGUCUGGGAACAUGGCGAGAAGACAAAGACAGAGGCGCCGGCAUUCAGGUCCGGGAUGUUCUGUUUAUGCUGGAGCUGGAUGGCAGAGGCCCUCGACACGUACAAAAGGCCUACUCGAAGGAUGUGAAGGAGGAUCGAGCGGACUGA